UGGUCUUCUUUCCAGCCAGCUUUGUGACAAUGCACACUGCCUCCGUGAUGCACCCUGCUGGAGGAGAGCAGGUGGAGGAGAAGCACGAGCAGCAGGAAGAGGAGGCAUGUCAUGAGGAGAAAGAGAAGAGAGGGGCGACGGGAAAGAAGACACAGUUGAACAAGAAAACGAGGAAGAAGAAGAAGAAAGGAGUGGUGAGCGAGCUGGUGGAGCUGGUCACAGUGAAGAAGAAGCCUGCGACGGCAGGAAAGAACGCCAACAACCCCAGCAGCAGCAGCAGCGGAAGCGGAAGCAAAGGCAGAAGCGGCAAUGGCGGCCAGAGUGGUGGUGUUGUGCGGAGCGCAAGACGCCUGAUCAAUCAGAUGAACCACGGACAGCUGGUGAAUGCUGCAGCUGAGCUAAAGGUGGAGCGAAAGGGAUCAGCCAAGGCCUUGCGAGAUCGCCUCAAGCAAGCCGUCAACAAACGCAUCACGAAACCACAGCCACAACAAGUCCAAGACAGCAGCAGGUAAUAAGAGAUGGUGGCGCAGGGUGUGGGGAAUGGAAUAAGCUUGUGGCAGGCGGUGCGAUGUGGUGUUUGCUGUUGCUCCAGCCCUCGCCUAUCACCUGCACAAUGUCGCUGUGGUGCACGUGCAGAUUAUCCAAGAAGCAUGGCAAGGACGCGACCUUCAUCUGCGUUGUGGACUUUGAGGCAACCUGUGAAGAGGACGAUGCCAACUUCCCACAUGAGAUUAUCGAGUUUCCCCUCGUCAUCAUUGAUGUUCACCGGAAAGAGAUUGUUGAGAAGCAGCAGUUCUACUGCCGUCCCGUGUUCAACCCGAUACUCUCUCCCUUUUGCACACAACUCACUGGCAUCAAGCAGGAGAGCGUUGACAGCGCAGCCGAGUUCCCACAUGUCCUGGAUCAGGUCAUGGCCAUCCUCGACAAGUACAGAUCGCAUGACGCUGGCCACAAGCUGCUACUUGCAUCUGACGGCCCGUGGGACUUUCGCAACUUCUUCCAGUGGCAGUGCCGUGCCAGCAGUGUACCUGCGCCAGCACUCAUGCAUCAGUGGCUCGACAUUCGCAAGGCGUUUCGGGCGUGUCGGGGCGGUGUCAAGCGACGCGGGGACCAGCUGCUCAACAUGCUCUCUAAGACCUCUGACGAUCCGUCUGAGGUGAAGCAAGUUCGCAAGCGCGGCAUCUUCCUGCAGAGCCUUCGCGACCUCGGGUUUGAGCUGGAGACGGAGUGCUCUCCUGACGGCGAACUCCUCUUCAUCAAGGUCCACGCGCCGUUUGAGCUGCUCCUGCAGGAGGCUGAGAAGUCGAAGAUCAAGAAGACCCUUAAGCCUGAGGCGUCGUCGCACCUGCAAGAGCUGCUGGUGCAGAAGUCGUUUGCUGACCGCCUCUUCCUUUCCCUCAGCCCGGCCCAGUACCUCACGCGCCUGCAGCCGGAUGUGGAGGAGGAGCCGGACUCGUUCAGUGCAGACUUUCGCAUGUGCAUCCGCGAUCAAUUUGAGAACAUCGAAGACGAAGACAAGUUCUUCACCAGCGGCGAGCGCUCUUCGCUUGUGUGGGAGAAGCUGACGCGUGUGCCGUACGGGGCCAAGGACUCGCAGGUUGGCAUCAAGAAGCUGCUCACCAACGGCACCUUCGCCGCUGCUUUUCCCCUCCACGACGGCCCGCACAAGAUCGACCCCGAUGACCCGGACCCAUACGACAAGGGUCGCGAGGUGAACGACCGCAAGACGCUGUACGAGGUGUGGGGCCAGCUCAAGCUCUGCUUCAUCUUCCAGCCCUACGACCUCAUCAGAAAGUACUUUGGCGUCAAGAUUGGCCUCUACUUUGCCUGGCUCGGCUUCUACACGUAUGCGCUCCUUGUUCCCGGUAUCCUUGGUUUCAUCGUCUUCAUCAACGGUCUUGCAAACUAUCGCCAGCAACGCGAUGCAAUUGAUGUGUGCGAGUCGAACUUCACGAUGUGCCCGCUGUGCAACGAGGGCUGUGAGCGGUGGAACCUGACCGAGGCGUGCAACAUGUACCAGGCGUCAUACUGGUUUGACAACGAGGCGACAAUUGCGUUUGCGUUCUUCAUGUCCGUGUGGGCGUCCAUCUUCAUUGACUUCUGGAAGCGCCGCAACGCUGAGCUCGGCUAUGACUGGGAUGUGCUCGACUUUGCCGAGGAGGAGCGUGACCGGCCCCAGUUCCGCGGUACAACAAAGCGCAAGAAUCCCGUCACGGGCAAGGAGGAGAAGUACUAUCCAGGCUACAAACGCUCCGUCAAGCAAGUUGGCAGCUUUGCCACCAUGGUUGUGAUGCUUGCAGUCGUCAUCAUCAUUGUGUUCUCCGUUAUUGUCUACCGCAUCGCCGUCCGCGCCGCCCUCGCCGCUCAGCUCGACGGCUCCCAAGCGUCGACAAUCACGGCUGUGACGGCUGGUGUGAUCAACUUGGCGGGCAUUGUGCUGAUGAACCAGGUGUACGGCCGCCUUGCAGUCACCCUCACCGACUGGGAGAACCACCAGAAGGAGUCUGAGUACGAAGGGUCGCUGACGUCCAAGAUCUUCCUCUUCUCCUUUGUCAACUCGUUUGCCUCCAUCUUCUACAUUGCCUUCUUCAAGGGCAAGUUUGUUGGCCGCCCAGGCGCCUACACCAAGCUCCUCGGCUACAGACAGGACGAAUGCCCGCCGUAUGGAUGCAUGCUUGAGCUGACCAUCCAGCUCGCUAUCAUCAUGGUCGGUCGCCAAAUCAUCAACAACAUCGUCGAGAUGCUGCUGCCAGCUGUCAUGCGCAAAGUGCGCAACAUCAUGGCGCCGAAAGAGCUCAAGGAAAAGGCCCGUCGCCUCCUCCCGUGGGAAAACGAGUACCUCAACCUGGCGCCCUUCCCCCAGUACGGCAUGUUCCCAGAGUACCUCGAGAUGAUCCUGCAGUUUGGCUUCCUGUCCCUGUUUGUGUCAGCCUUCUCCCUUGCGCCGUUCUUUGCGCUGCUGAACAACAUCCUGGAGAUUCGCAUUGAUGCGCACAAGCUCCUCACCGUCUACCGUCGCCCGCCAGCCCAGCGCGCCGCCAACAUCGGCAUCUGGGACGAGGUGAUGACGUUCAUCAGCUACUUCAGCGUGCUGACCAACGGCCUCGUCAUUGCAUUCAGCAGCAACUUCAUUCCCCGCGAAGUCUGGCGCUACGCACACGACGGAACGCUGCACGGGUACAUUGAUGCCAUCUAUCCGCUCUCGCCCGUCGACCCCGCAGAUGAUCCAGACUUUGCAAACUGCCACUACUUUGGUCUUCGCGAGGCAGACGGCACACGCGGCCAGUUCUACUACGAGGUCAUUGCUGCUCGCCUGGGCUUCCUCAUCAUCUUUGAGCACAUUGUCUUCCUCUGCAAGUUCCUCUUCCAGUGGCUCAUCCCCGACGUCCCUCAAGCUGUGACGCUUGCUGUGAAACGGGAGGAGUACCUGGCCAGGCUUGCCCUCGACAGCGCCCUGGACGACGAGGUGGCAGACCACAACCAGUCCCACGAGACAACAUCGUAGUUGCGUCGACGCUACGCUCCCCACUUGUGAUUGGUGUGGUUGUCGUGCCCCGGCCUCUGUGUGUGUGUAUGUCUGUCUGUUUGUCUGUUUGUCUGUUCGACGUGCUUGUGCUUCUCCUCAUUGCCUGAACUCCUCAUUGCCAGUUGUCCCCGUGUGCUUUUUGUUUCGUUUUCGUGUUGUUUCCUUGUGAGUGCUUGCAUUUGUUCGUUUACUUUCAUCAUCGUCAUCUCAAACUCAAAGAUGGGCGCUGUAGUUGUUUCAAGUCAAGAAGUGGAUUCUUUUCAUGCGUACAUAUUACACAAUGACCGUCGA